AUGAGGGGUACUUCUCUACCAACUGUGGUGUCAGGAGAGAGUGAGAGUGAGGAGACAUUGUCAGGAGAGAGGGAGAGUGAGGAGACAUUGUCAGGAGAGAGGGAGAGUGAGGAGACACUGUUAGGAGAGAGUGAGAGUGAGGAGACACUGUUAGGAUUGUUAGGAGAGAGUGAGAGUGAGGAGACAUUGUCAGGAGAGAGGGAGAGUGAGGAGACACUGUUAGGAUUGUUAGGAGAGAGUGAGAGUGAGGAGACAUUGUCAGGAGAAAGGGAGAGUGAGGAGACACUGUUAGGAUUGUUAGGAGAGAGUGAGAGUGAGGAGACAUUGUCAGGAGAGAGGGAGAGUGAGGAGACACUGUUAGGAUUGUUAGGAGAGAGUGAGAGUGAGGAGACAUUGUCAGGAGAGAGGGAGAGUGAGGAGACACUGUUAGGAUUGUUAGGAGAGAGAGAGAGGGAGAGUGAGGAGACACUGUCAGGUGAGAGGGAGAGUGAGGAGACUCUGUCAGGUGAGAGGGAGAGUGAGGAGACACUGUCAGGUGAGAGGGAGAGUGAGGAGAUAUUGUCAGAAGAGAGGGAGAGUGAGGAGACACUGUCAGGAGAGAGGGAGAGUAAGGAGACAUUGUCAGGAGAGAGGGAGAGUGAGGAGACAUUGUCAGGAGAGAGGGAGAGUGAGGAGACACUGUCAGGUGAGAGGGAGAGUGAGGAGACACUGUCAGGUGAGAGGGAGAGUGAGGAGACAUUGUCAGGAGAAAGGGAGGGUGAGGAGACAUUGUCAGGAGAGAGGGAGAGUGAGGAGACAUUGUCAGGAGAGAGGGAGAGUGAGGAGACAUUGAGAGGGGAGAGUGAGGAGACACUGUCAGGAGAGAGGGAGAGUGAGGAGACAUUGUCAGGAGAGAGGGAGAGUGAGGAGACACUGUCAGGUGAGAGGGAGAGUGAGGAGACAUUGUUAGGAGAGAGGGAGAGUGAGGAGACACUGUCAGGAGAGAGGGAGAGUGAGGAGACAUUGUCAGGAGAGAGGGAGAGUGAGGAGACAUUGUCAGGAGAGAGGGAGAGUGAGGAGACACUGUCAGGUGAGAGGGAGAGUAAGGAGACAUUGUCAGGAGAGAGGGAGGGUGAGGAGACAUUGUCAGGAGAGAGGGAGAGUGAGGAGACACUGUCAGGAGAGAGGGAGAGUGAGGAGACAUUGUCAGGAGAGAGGGAGAGUGAGGAGACAUUGUCAGGAGAGAGGGAGAGUGAGGAGACACUGUCAGGAGAAAGGGAGAGUGAGGAGACAUUGUCAGGAGAGAGGGAGUGUGAGGAGACAUUGUCAGGAGAAAGGGAGAGUGAGGAGACAUUGUCAGGAGAGAGGGAGAGUGAGGAGACAUUGUCAGGUGAGAGGGAGAGUGAGGAGACAUUGUCAGGAGAGAGGGAGAGUGAGGAGACAUUGUCAGGAGAGAGGGAGAGUGAGGAGACAUUGUCAGGAGAGGGGGAGGGUGAGGAGACAUUGUCAGGAGAGAGGGAGAGUGAGGAGACAUUGUCAGGUGAGAGGGAGAGUGAGGAGACAUUUGCUUGUUCUUACUGUCAGUAUACUGUCAGCUCAGUGCCAGGGAUCUGGAAACAUCUUCAAUUACAGCAUUCUGUAUUUGAUAAUUCAUUACUUGAGGAACGGUGA